AAUUUUGAGUAAUGUAUACGUUAUUACCGUUUCUCUCUCGCUAACUGCCCGAAAGUAAUGUUAAAUUUAAAAUUAAGAAGAUUUUGGCUUCGCAAGGGAAGGGGUUUGAGGGGUAUUAUUAUUCUUCUUGUGUCGUUAUUUUCUAUAAAUUUCGUCCUAUGCGGUAUUCCUUUAGAUUGGUUAGGAGACUUUAUGCUUUCCAGAAGUGAAUAUGAUUAUGAAGAAGCUUUGGAAUUCGAUAUUGGAGAAUUUGAUAAUCGCGAAUCAGUUGCUGAUAUCGGGAGUAAGAAAAUGUUGCAUGAUCAUUUACUAAAAUCAUAUAAUUUAAAGGAUCGACCAGCUAUCGAAACAGUUGAAAAACCAAUUACCCACAAAUUCAAACCUAUAAUUCAGAGGGUUCACUCGUUGCCAUCGCUUUUAAAUUUUUCAAAAGUUGAAGUCACCAAUUAUCAUUACGGGAAGGGCGUUCUUAAACCAAAACAGUUGAGGAGUCAUUGCGCCAAACGGCGACCAAAAUCUCAGCUUUAUAAUAGAAAGAUGAAUGUCUACGACCGAGUUAAGAUUAUUCAUUGCUCAGUUCCUAGAAUAGCUAGUUACACUUUUAAUAAAUUAUGGAAUAAGGCUCAUGAACCUAAUAAGACCGCAAUUGAGAAUGACAUUUUUCCUAGACCAGUUCAUCUAUUUAGAUUUCAGCAGCAAGAAAGAGAUCAAAAAUUUUACACUCAUAAGAAAAUACUUUUCGGAAGGGAACCUCUAUCUAGACUUUGGUCUGCUUAUAAUUCGAAAUUAGUCAAUCCUAAUCCAUGGUUCUUUAAAUCGUACGGUAUAUCGAUAGCUACUAAAAGACCAAAGUAUAAAAACGAAACUGUAUGCGGCAAUGAUAUUACUUUUGAGGAAUUUCUUCGUUUUGUAAUAAACCACGUGACGACGUCGCUGCGUCCUAAUGGAAUUUGGUGGCCGAUAUCUCUCAUUUGCGAUCCUUGUAACGUACAAUAUGACGUCAUUGGGAAAAUAGAAAAUCAAGAAGACUUGGAUAAUGUAUUACAUAAUGUAGGAUUAACUGGACCAAAAAUGUUUGCUCCUAAAGUUAACUCUUCAAUAGAGAAAUCAUUAUAUCUUGAAGAGCCAAUACGAAAGAGAUUAGUUCCCGAAGAUUGCGAAUCAUUAGAUUUAUUCAUCAAAAACAGAUGGCGCUACUUUAUAAAUCAAGGUAUUGUUGAAGGAAAUACUUUAAAACCUAAGAGAACGCAGAAAAUGAAUUGGCGUAAUGUCGAUGAAAUUCUUCUCUCGAUGGCCUUAGGUAAACUCCCGAAAGACGAAUCGAAAGCCAUAGCCAUUGUCCGACGACGGAGGACGGAGAAACUCAAUAAAGAAAUCAACCAAAUUGGUAAACCUCUUAUAGAUACAAUUAGUUCUUUAUAUGAAUUGGAUUAUAAAUUGUUUGGUUAUUCAGUUAGGCUUUAA